AUGAAGAAAAUAAAAUUUACUGUGAAUGGAGAUCACAUCAGUUUGUCCGGAUAUGAUGUGUCUCCGUCGACCUCCCUCAAUGACUACGUCCGAGACCACCUGGGCCUGACGGGCACGAAGGCCAUGUGUCACGAAGGCGGGUGCGGCGCUUGCAUCGUGUCUGUUACCAAAACUCACCCCAGCACUAAGGAGAAACAAACAAUUGCUGUGAAUUCUUGUCUAGUUCACAUCCUAUCAUGCCACGAGUGGGAUAUCACGACAAUCGAAGGGGUGGGCAACCGCAGGGACGGCUACAGCGAGAUACAAACGCGGCUCGCCUACUUCAACGGCACCCAGUGCGGGUACUGUACCCCUGGAUGGGUUAUGAAUAUGCACAGUUUAUAUAAAGGUUCAAAAAGCAAGUUGACAAUGAAGCAAAUCGAGAGAUCAUUUGCUGGCAACCUGUGCCGAUGUACCGGCUACAGACCUAUUCUGGACGCCUUCAAGACGUUUGCCACUGACGUCGACUAUGAUGGUAACAUAAGGGACUUAGAAGACCUUCACGAGAUCAAAUGUUUUACGAAAUGUAUGAAGAAAUGUGAUAUAGAAGACGAAUGGUGUUUAAUUGAAAAUUGCAGUGAAAAUUUAUUGGACUUACCGAUGGACGACAACAUUUGGUACAAAGCUUUCUCCGUAAAUGAUGUUUUUAAGGUACUCGAAAAAGAGGGUACGGACAGCUACAGAUUGGUGGCGGGGAACACGGGGAAAGGCGUCUAUCCGCUAUCGAAGGAGCCGCGCGUGUACAUCGACAUCGCCUCCAUCAGCUCGCUGCAGGACUCUCUUAUAGACGAAAACCUCGUGCUCGGGGCCGGUCUCACGAUAAAUCAGACGAUGGAUAUAUUCAAAAAGCAGAUGAAAAAUGACGAUUUCGCAUACUUGGAGCAAUUUCACAAGCAUUUGGAGCUAGUUGCGAACGUGCCGGUGAAAAAUAUUGGUACUAUUGGAGGUAACUUGGCUAUGAAGCAUGCUCAUCCUGAAUUCCAAUCAGAUCUCUUUGUUUUGUUCGAGACGGUUAAUGCUACAAUAACUUUAGUGGACAUGAAAUUGGAGACCAUCGAGAUGAAAUUGACGAGGUUUCUACAAAUAGAUCUAAAAGACAAAUUAAUAUUAAAUUUGAAAAUUCCGCCGCUAUCUAAUAACCACCUGAUAAGGACGUACAAGAUAAUGCCCCGAGCCCAAAACACACACGCCAUCGUAAACGCUGGCUUCCACUUCCAGUUGAAUCCAAACAAAACAGUACUCACAUCUAACAUUGUUUACGGUUCUAUCAAUCCUAAUUUCAAUCGAGCCACUGAUGUAGAGAAAAUGCUUAAAGGAUUACCCUUAUUUAGUGAUGAAACUUUGCAAAAAGCGUUAAAGAAGUUACAGGAAGAUAUCGUGCCGUUGGACGAUCCACCUGAACCGGAUCCAUAUUGUAGGAAGGCGAUCGCCUUAGGAUUGUUCUAUAAGGCGAUUCUAUCCCUGGCCCCGACAGUGAGCCCGCGCUAUGCGUCGGGCGGCGCGGCGCUGGCGCGGGCGGUGUCGCGCGCCACGCAGACCUACGACACCGACAAAAGUGUAUGGCCGGUGAACCAACCUGUGCCCAAGUUGGAGGCUUUGGCUCAGUGCGCGGGCGAGGCGGCGUACGCGGGCGACGCGGCGGGCGCGCGCGACCUGCACGCCGCGCUCGUGCUGGCCGCCGCCUGCCGCGCCGACCUGCUCAAGAUAGACGCCAGUGACGCUCUGAAACUACCAGGAGUCGUAGCAUUUUAUUCGGCUAAGGAUAUUCCUGGCACAAACAACUUCACCCCCAACGACGUGCCGGGGCUGACGGAUGAGGAAGAGAUAUUCGCAAGCAAACGAGUAUCCUACUACGGCCAACCAAUUGGAAUUAUAGCGGCCACCUCUCGAAAACUCGCCCUACAAGCCGCCCAAUUGGUCAAUGUUACAUACAAACACGAUCAGGCCAAGCCAGUUUUGAGUGUUCAGGAUGCUCUGGUAGCCCCGGAUAAAGCUAAAAGGAUCCGUCAAGACGUAAUAUCCAACGCGACAGACAGAGGCACGGACAUAGUGCACAAGAUCGUGGGCGCGUACUACGUGCCCGACCAGUACCACUUCACUAUGGAGACGCAGAGCUGCCGGGCGGCGCCGGCGGCGGCGGCGGGCGGCGGGGGGCUGCGCGUGCGCUGCGCCACGCAGUGGAUGGACCUCGUGCAGGUGGCCGUGGCCAGGGCUAUGGAUCUCCCACUGAACAGGGUGGAGGUGGAGGUGCCGUGCGUGGGCGGUGGGUACGGCGGCAAGGGCUCGCGCUCGGCGCUGGCGGCGUGCGCCUGCGCGCUCGUGGCGCGGCGCCUCGGCCGCGCCACCGCGCUUGUGUUGCCGCUCGCCGACAACAUGGAGGCCGUCGGCAAGCGGCCGGCCUGCUAUUUCGAAUAUGAGCUGGGUGUAAACGAAGAAGGCGUGAUACAGUACGCUGACGUGAAGUACUACUCCGACUGCGGCAUCUCGUUCAACGACACGUCGGCGCCGGACGUGGCGGCCACCAUAGCGCGCUACUACGACACGGCGCGCUGGGACGUGCGCGGGCACAGCGUGCUCACCGACAAGGCGAGCACCACUUGGUGUAGAGCACCCGCAACCACGGAAGCGACAGCAAUGGCGGAACAUUUCAUCCAUCGCAUAUCACACAUAACGAAAAGGGACCCCGCGGACAUCCGCAAAGCGAACAUGGCGGCGCAACACAGCUCCCUUAUGGACAUGAUGGAUAUGUUCAAGAGAGACACAAAAUACGACGAAAGGAAAGCACAAAUAGACGAAUUCAAUUCCAAAAACGCUUGGAAGAAAAAAGCGCUUCAAUUAACAGUAAUGUCGUUCCCGAUAGUAUAUUUCGGUAACUUCCCAGUAACGAUUUCAGUGUACCAUGGGGACGGUAGCAUUCUAAUAUCCCACGGGGGUAUAGAGAUGGGGCAAGGAAUAAACACAAAAGUUGCCCAAGUUUGUGCGUAUUCCCUUAAAAUACCAUUGAACAUGGUGAGAGUUAAAGGCGCGGACACAUUUACGUCGCCCAACUCCAUGGCGACAGCGGGAAGCAUCACGAGCGAGUCUGUCGCAUUCGCUACUAUAAAGGCGUGUAACGAGUUGUUAGAGCGGUUAGAGCCAGUUCGGAAAGAAAUGGACGAGCCCACUUGGUUGGAUAUAAUUAAAAAGGCGUUUGAGAAAGGUAUACACCUACAAGUGAGCGCGAUGACGUCCCCAAAAGCGGAGCUCACCGAAUACACGGUGUACGGCGUCGGCUCCGCGGAGCUGACGCUGGACGUGCUGGCCGGCACCCACGUGCUGGACCGCGUCGACCUUCUGGAAGAUACCGGUAGGAGCCUCAACCCUGACCUGGAUGUGGGGCAGAUCGAGGGCGCAUUCAUGAUGGGCCUAGGCCUGUGGACGACGGAGCGGCUCGCGUACGACGCGCGCGGGCGCCUGCUGACGCGCCGCGCGUGGACGUACCGGCCGCCCGGCGCCUGCGACGUGCCCGUCGACUUCCGCGUCGCCUUCAAGCGGAACUCGCUCAAUAAGAACGGCGUGCUCAGGUCUAAAGCGACGGGCGAGCCGGCGCUGGUGCUGGCGGUGGCGGUGACGCGCGCGCUGCACGACGCCAUCGUGGAGGCGCGCAAGGAGUACGGCCAUCACGACACGGAGUACCUCCAUGUUGACACGCCGUACAGCGUCGACAACAUUAUCAAAGCGAUAGCACCUAAUAUAGAAAGUUAUAAACUGCAA